GGUCUCUUCCAUCUCUGCGAUUCUAGAAUGGAGGAAGGGAGGAAGACACUUGCUGGCCAUCAGGAUUUGGCUCCUUCUCAAACUCCUUGGUAUGUGGAGGCCAGUGGCCCUGGCGUAGGGUUAGUUGACACACAUUCCCUGUAGAAACCAUAAGCAAGCAAACAAGUGUAUGUAAAUACAUAUCAAUUAGAAAAGGAGGCGGGGAGACUGUUAUGUUUGUUGCUGCUUCUGCAGGUUGCCAGGAAAUGGUGGAUGAGUAGUGCUCCUCAGAAUUCAGCCUUAACUGCUCUUUUUUAUAUUGAUGUUUAUUGGGUUUUAGACCUAGAGGUUCCUUUGGAGCAGGAUUGUAGGCUUGAAAGCCAGCCAGCCAGGCUGCAGCAUUAACCUUCCUCUUGCAAUGUAGCCACAGGGAAUGUUCUGCCUGUUUGCAACAAUUACCAGUAUAUCCACUAUUCUUCCAAAGAACUCAAGGCUCCAUUUUAUCUUCACAACAACCAUGUGAGAAAAAAAUGAAUUUCAACUAACAUUUAUGUAAAUAAGAAUGGGCCCAGAUGUGCCUCUACUGAAUGACCACAAGCAAGAAUUCCUGUUGAAGCGAUUUCCACAGACUGUUUUGGGUGGCCCUCGAUUUAAAUUAGGACACUGUGCACCUGCUUAUGUUUAUGUGAAUCAAAUAAUUCUCUUCCUGCUACCAUGGGUUUUUGGAGGAAUUGGUACACUUCUGUACCAGUUAAAUGUUUUGCAGGACUUUUACACAGCUGCAGUUUCUGGAGGACUGAUGUUAGCUGCAGCCAUUAUUGUUCAGGCAACAAAUCUGUUUGCAAGACAGAAAGCUGCAUCUGUGGAAAGAGUGCAUGUCCACAGUACCCUAACGGAUGAAGAUGAGUGGGAGUUCUCUAGCUGCAUGGGCUCAGAGACGGUCAAAUUUAUUAUUUCAGGCAAAAAAUACAUAGUUAAUGUCAUCUUUCACUCAAUUCUUGCUGGGGUUCUCUGUGGCUUGGGAACUUGGUAUUUGCUACCAAACAGAAUUGCAUCAUUGUAUGAAGGUAACAUUGGAGGAACUGUUAUGAUCUUCAUAUUUGGAUGGAUGACAGUCUGCAUAGGGGAAUACUCAUUGAUCAUCAAUACUGCUUCAGAAACGGCUACUUAUCAGGCACUGGACACUUAUGAAAUUGUUCCUCUUAUGAGACCUUUUUACAUUUUUGUUUUCAUUGCUGUGGAUCUUGCUCACAGGUUCCUUGCUGAUAUGCCAGCGUUAACAUUGGCAAACCAGAUUUUGCACAUUGUAUUUUUGUGUUUGCCUAUUUUGUGGACUCUGGGGAUUCUUCCCCCACUAGAUGCACUUUUUCUCUGGGGAAUGGAGCAAGUGUUGGAGCUUGGCCUGGGAGGUUCACCCAUGUCAAGUAACUUAAGGCUACUAGCAAUGUUUCUCGUUUCUGUGGGAACAGCUAUUGCCUCUUAUUUCAUCCCCAGCACUCUUGGUGUAAUCCUUUUCAUGACUGGAUUUGGAUUUGCAUUGAGUCUUAACAUGAACGAGAUUGGGUUAGCUUUCAGUCACACCGUGACCAACCUCCUAGCUUCCAGCAAAUUUAAGAACAGGUCUGCUUAUUAUAAGACACAGUUUGGAUGGAGGGAAUUGAUGUUCUCUUUGACUGUAUUGACUUUUGCUCUCUUGGAAGCUAGCCUGUUGCAUUCCUUCCUCGGUUCUCAGGCAUUUUCUAAGACUAGUCUUCAGGCAAUCAUGGGCUAUGUGCUGAUAGUAUUGCUUCUCGCUACAUGGAUUCUUGGAGAGAUUCAGACAGUAUACUUGCUUGGACUGUUCCGAAAUCCCUUUUACCCAAAGGAUGUCAUGACUGUGAAUGUAUAUAUGAAGAAGCAAAAGGUGCUCAAGAAAGUUGGUGUGCUCAGAAGGAUAUUGCUAACCCUAGUGUCUCCAUUUGUUAUGAUAGCGUUUCUUUCCUUAGACAACUCUCUGCAUCAUCUCCCAUCCAUAUAUAUUUCCAUUGGAUUCUCAAGAAGCUUUAGAAUGGUAUGGCAAAAUACAGAACAUGCUCUUUUAGAUAUGGUUAUGGUGUCUGCAGUCCAAUUGCUAAUGUUCAGUACUGAUCUGUGGUGGAACAGAAGCAUUGAUACUGGAAUCAGACUCUUGCUGGUUGGAAUCAUCCGGAAUCGACUGUUUCAGUUUGUUUCAAAACUACGUUUUGUACUAACUGUUCUCUUGACGUCAUGGACAGAGAAAAAGCAACGCCGAAAAUCCACUGCUACCUUGAUUACACUCAAUAUUGUCUUCUUUCCAGUCGUCCUGGCUCUUGUAGCCCUGUCUGCACUGCUAUCUUCCCCCUUACUGCCUCUUUUCAGUCUCCCAGUAUUUCUAAUUGGGUUUCCAAGGCCUAUCCGAAGCUGGCCAGGACCUGUGGGUGCGACAGCCUGCGUAUGUCCUGAUACUAUAUAUUAUCAGCAAAUGAUUCCAAGUUUGACCACUGUGUUGCAGUCAGCAUUUUCAGUUGGUAGCCUGGGUCUCUGUUCGCCUGGGUCUCACUACUUGUGUCGAUUUCAAGACAGACUGGUAUGGAUCCUUGUGUUAGAAAGAGGCUUCACAUACUGUUGUGUUAAUAUAAAGGGGCUAGAACUGCAGGAAACGUCCUGCCACACUGCUGAAGCUCACAGAGUUGAUGAAAUUUUUGAGAUGGCCUUUGAACAGGAAGAACAUAGUCACAUUCUCUCCUUUAACCAUCAUUUUGGAAACAUUUUAACACCUUGUGCUCUUCUUCCUGUGAAACUCUAUUCGGAUGCCAGAAACAUCUUGUCAGGAAUAAUCGAUUCUCCUGAGAAUAGAAAGCAGUUGAAGGAGGACUUCAUAAAUGUUCUCCUAUGGGUGUUAGUUCAAUACUGCUACGAAAAGACAAAAACACACAGGAUGCUUGAUAGAAGACCCGAAUCCAUGCUGGAGUCACCUCCAGUAGAACCUCCUGAAGUUUUCAGCAAACAGCAAAAUGCAGCAGAGAGAAGUCCCUGGAAGGAUGAUGAUGACGGCUUAAGUGUGGAAUCAGUGGAUGAGUGGACUGAUGAUAGCAGUCUUUUUGAUGAUGAACCCAGGAAAAAAAUACCCAAAUCAAAAGGAAUGCCAUCAAGGGAAGUAACACCUAGACCCUUCUUUUCUCUUCCAGGCUCAGUCGAAAUACACACUACAGAAACUGAACUACCAGAGGCAGCCAGUGUGAAUAAACUCUAUAAAACUGUUGUUCUUGGUCUUCCUGCUGUAGAUACUGGGAAACAGUGGGGGGUGAUUGAUUUGCCCCCUGUGAAAUUCACUAACCUCUAUUCUGAGCUAUUGAGCAUUCCUGAAGGGUGGAGAACUGCACCGUUACCAGUUACCAAACUCCGUGACAUGAAACAGAGAUUUCCAGAAGAGUGGUACCACUUUGUACUUCACCAACUAGAUUUCUCUCAUUUGGAAGGAAUGCCUCCAAACAUACAUGGAGAUCUUGUUAAAGAUACUGCUCUGAAGGACUUGUAUAUUCAGGGUGUCUUGCCUUGUUGCAUUGCAAUGUUUGGAAUAGAUGAUACUGUUCCUUCUCCUGGCCAUAUAUUCAGAGCUUACAAUGGAAGCCUCCCCUGGUCUGUCUGCCUGAAUUGGCUAACAGCAAAGCAAGAGCUGUUUCAACUGGCACUUCUAGCAUUCAGAUACUCAGUUAAGCUUAUGGUUGAUAAAGCAAGCCUGGGUCCAGUUGAAAAUUUUAAGGAGCUGCUAAACUGUCUUGAAGAAUACCACAGUGACUGGCAUGUCGGACUGGUGUCUGAAAAGGAGUGGCAGCAAGCUGUUCUUCAAGAAAAGCCAUACCUUUUUUCUUUAGGGCAUGACCCCAAUAUGGGAGUUUAUACUGGCAGAAUCCUUACCCUUCAGGAUUUCCUAGUCCAGAUAGGAAAACUGAACAGUGAAGCUGUUAGAGGACAGUGGGCAAAUCUUUCAUGGGAGCUGCUGUAUGCCACGAAUGAUGAUGAGGAACGCUACAGCAUACAAGCACAUCCGGUCCUUUUAAGGAACCUGACCAUACAGGCAGCAGACCCUCCUUUGGGCUAUCCUGUUUAUUCCUCUGAACCUCUCCAUGUGCCUUUGCUUUAAGACUGGGCCACUUGCUGGACAGGCAAAUCAGGUUUCCCCCCUAAUAGUUGAACCCGUCAAUCAAAGAGGGUGAUGGCAAUGAAGGUCUUCUGAUACAAAUCCUUCAAUAUCUCUUUCACAGUACCACAACUUUCUGAACCUGAUUCUGCAAGGCUGCUAAUCGGGAGACAUUAGACACUGGGAGAGGACUUACUGCAGGCAAUAAGCUCAUUAACAUAUUUGUUGUUUUGAAAAAAACCCACAAAAAACCAACAUCUUGACAGGUGACUUGCAGGGAUGUAAGUCACAGCAUGUGUACUUUAAACAACAAGUUAGUACAAGAUGGAUAUAGAGUAUGCAAAGUUUUGAUACAGCAGGCUUAAAACAUUUUUUUCACUUGUUCCAUUGUAUACUUUAUUUUGUAUUGUCAAAGGAAUACUUGAACAAACAUUUGUACAUCUACUCAGCAUACAAAAACAAG